GACCGUGGCCCUUCCUGGCGACGGCUGCCGUGGCUGAGGCUUCUGUGACUGAGGAAUGAGUAGCCCGAAUAGGGUUUGGAUAAAGGGGGGCUGUGGGGCUGGUGGUGGGGUGGGGGCUGCUGCACCGGGCGAGCUUCAGGCAGGGGGCGCUGUUCCGGGUGAAGAGGCGGGGAUGGGGGGGGGGGAGGCGGGGGGCAGCGGUCUCUCCGCAAACUUCCCCGAUUAUUAAACGCUAUGUUCAAAAGGCGACAGGGGAGUUCCCGGAGCCACCAAAUCCCCUCCGCCACCGCGCGCGCACCGACUGCCUGCCGGGGCCGGGCUGAGCGCAGCGCAGCCGGGGAGGAGAGGAGCGUGAGGAGAAGAGGGCCCGAGAGGGGAGCGCCGAGGCCACCGGAGCGCAGCUCCUUCCCCGGAGGCGGAGAGGGGCGAGGAGCGCCCAGGGCAGCCGAGCGCAGCGGCGUCGGAGCAGCGCGCAGCCGGCGCGGGAGAAGCCCCCGAUGGACCUGGGCGCUGCUGCGGCGCUCUGCCUCUGGCUCCUGAGCGCCUGCCGCCCCCGGGACGGGCUGGAGGCGGCCGCGGUCCUGAGGGCCCGGGGAGCCGGCCAGGGCGGGGACCCGGGCGGCGGCGGCGGCGGCGCCAGACGGAACCGAAGCGACUCGGCCAGCACUGCGGACAGCCCCCUCUCGCCGGCGGCCGUAGCCCGACGGCCGCGGCUCGGCGCGGGCUGGGCUGUGGGGAAUGGCUCGUCUCCCACCGUGGUGCCGCACCAGUUCAUGCUGUCCCUUUACCGGAGCCUGUCCACGAGGGCGCUCGCUCCUGGAGGUGCCCCGGCCCCUGCCGCCGCCGCGGGCGGCAACCGACGGGCUGUCGCGGACACCGUCACGGGCUUCGCUGACCAGGCGCCCCCAGAUGACGUCUCCGCCGAGACAGGCCAGCGUUUCCUCUUCGACGUGUCCAGCUUGGCCGGCGCUGACGAGGUGGUGGCCGCGGAGCUGCGGGUCCUGCGCCGGGCACGGGCAGCCCAGGAAGAUUCGCCGGUCAAGCCGGAGGAGGCGGCCCCGGGAAAGCUCGGCGAGGCCGCAGGAGCCCUGUUCCUGCUUUCCACUUGCCCGGGGGCCGCCCGGGGGCCUCGGCUGCUGACCUCCAGGCCCGCGCGCCCUCUGGAUUCGGCGCGCUGGGAAGUUUUUGACCUGACGGACGCUGUGAAGCAGCACCGGCCCGAGCGGCCCCUUUGCCUGGCGCUGCGCGCCGUGAGCGGCUCCUCCGGGAGGCCCCUGGCCCCCCGCUUGCUGGGCUUGGGGUUGCCCGGGAGCCCGAGGCCGCCGCCCCACGAGAGGGCCCUGCUUGUGGUUUUCUCGCGAGCCCACAGGAAGGAGAACCUUUUCCAGGAGCUGCGCGCCAAGGGCCGGGCCCGGGGGCAGCCGGGGGCUGCGCCAUCCGUGGGGCGCAGGAAGCGGCGGACCCCGGGGACCGGGACCGGGGUCGGGGCCCGGGGGGCGGGAGCGGCUGGGAGUCCCGGCGGGGGCAGCGGGGGCCCGAGCACGGGCCGGGCCCCGGGGCGCAAGGGCCGCAGCCGCUGCAGCCGCAAACCUCUGCACGUGGAUUUCAAGGAGCUGGGCUGGGACGACUGGAUCAUCGCGCCCCUGGACUACGAGGCGUACCACUGCGAGGGCGUGUGCGACUUCCCGCUGCGCUCGCACCUGGAGCCCACGAACCACGCCAUCAUCCAGACGCUCAUGAACUCCAUGGCGCCCGAGGCCACGCCGCCCAGCUGCUGCGUGCCCGCCAAGCUCAGCCCCAUCAGCAUCCUGUACAUAGACGCGGGCAACAACGUGGUCUACAAACAGUACGAGGACAUGGUGGUGGAGACGUGCGGCUGCAGGUAGCGCGGGCCGCGGGGGAGCCCCGGAGCCCGGAGCCCGGCCGGCUUCCUGGGGUCCUGAGGGCGAGGCCGGCGGGCAGGCCGGCGGUCUGGGGCCCUGGACCUCGGGACAGUGCAGAGGAGGAGAGCCGGGCGAGCCGGCUCCUUGGAUCCCAGCGGUCCCAAACCCCCAGCCCCCAGCCCCGGGGGGGGGGGACGCGCCUGCGCUCACACAGACACACACACACACACUCCCUCCCUCCCUCCCUAGCUCACUCCCCGUCUGCCUGCUGGCCCUCAGCCCCCCCAGCACGGGGACAGCGCCUGCAUGCUACUGAAUCUCACCCGCUUUUUGGAAGGGGCGCGGCCGCCGGGAUGGGGAAGGCUGGGGGCGAUUGGACUAAGCUCGCGUCUCCCCCAGGACAUGCUGGCUGAGCCCGGCGCCCUCGGGCCGCCGCGGACCUCAGCACCGCGGCUCGGGACGGCGGCGCCCCCAAAUGCCAAGGAUGACUGGCGGAACCAGGGGCCCGGGGCCCGAGGCCCGAGGCUCUAGAGCGGGCGGCGGAGGUUCUCCUCCCUGGGGGUCACUGCCCACUAGUCUCUGGCACCACAGACGAGCACAGGCUGAAGGCCCUAAGUGGGAGGAGCUGGGCCGGAGUCGGGGCUCGUUAGUGAGAGGCCCCAGUCCCGGGCCGCCCUGCUUUUCAGGGGGUUUUGCCGUUGGGGAGUAACUCAGUCCCCAGGCUGCUUCCCUUUUCCUAUUUUUGAGGCACUUGCCUCAAAGCAGAAUCCCCCCGGAGGCUCCCAGAGCUCUGGCCAUUUACCACUUUCUCCAGAGCUUCAGACUCUGGGGGCCCAGGACAGUUUAAAGAGGCUCGUCCUUCCCUUCCAUUUCCCUGGCCGAGGGGACACGGGGCCCGGGGUUUGAGGGGCUAAGCUUUUGUCUGACUUAGGGCUGGGAGCCGCCGGCCGAUGGAGCUCGGAGGCGGAUUGGCCGGGUUGCUAGGGGUGGGGGCGGGGAGGAGGUCUGGGCUCCAGUUUAGAAGGAGUGGGAGUAGGAGGGAGGGCUCGGAGGAACGGGGCCGGGGGCUCGGAGGAAGGGGGCCGGGGCCUCGGCUUUUCGCCGCGCAGUCCUGAUGGCCCCGGGGUGGAGGCUGGCGCUGCCGGCCCAGACCGACGGACCCACGGACGGGGGAAAGACCAAGUCUGCUCCGGGGAAGGCCGGGACGGAGAAGCUGGGCAGAGCCGGCUGCGGGGACCCUCCCCUUUCCGCUUCCAGCUCCUCCGUCUGCGUCCGGGCCUGGCGAUCCCGAGGUCCCGAAGGCCCGGGGCUCGGGGUCGGGGCAGCUCCAAGGAUGAGGACAAGGGGAAGGAGUCAGCAGAGCGCCCCUGGCGUGGCUGCCCCCGAGCCGAGCCCACGGGGCCUUGGCCCUGGACGUGGCUCCUUCUCAGCUCACUCGUUCCACCAGCUCCCUCCUCCCCGGAAACCCCCCUUUAAGGGCUCUGACCGAGCUUUAGUUAGGCUAGCUCCGAAGGAGAGCUGCAAAGCCACGACAGAGGCUGGAAUCCAAUUUAGAAUUGGGGAGGAAGGAGGCGGGAGGGAGGGAGGAAGGAAGAGAAGGGAAGGGAAAAGGGAAGGGAAGCCAAACGUGCCGCUCCAAACCCCAAGACUGAAGACUCAUUCCUUUAAAUGGGGUUUUGAAGUCCAGGGCUCCCAGUCCCCUGGUGUGGGCUGAGGGCGGACUUGUGCUCACCGAUCACACUGACCAUUUCUAAGCCCCCAGAGGCCCAGGGUGCCCGCGGGAGGGAGCGGCGCCUGCGGGAGGGAGCAGCCUGGGCGCGGAGCCGGGGGUCCUGCUGGGCCCCUCGCUCCCCCAGGCUAACUUAGUCCGGAGUCGAAGCUCGAUUCCAUUCGCUCUGACGGUGGCAUGGAAGGCUUUAAGAUGCCCGUGGGAAUGGUUUUUAACAAGAUUGGAGAGUGAGGGUGGGGGGUCGGGCCUAAAAACUAGAGUGAGACUGUCCCUGGGAGUAGAUUCCAAGAGUCCAGCUUGUUCACUAGCUAAGGAGCUUUGGGAGGCUCCCUAAGGCCGGGGAAGGGUUUGUUUCCGGGGAAACCUCCCCAUUUAACCGGAGGCUUUUUUUAAUGCUAGAACUGGCCCCUGCGGGCUCCCUGGGUGUCUUGGAAGAACAGGAACAGGAGAUUUGGAGGUGAUACCUCCAAGGCUUCUUUCCUCUGGGGAGCCAAGGACCGGUGAGGAGCCCAGCGUGCAGCCCUCCCCUCAGAUUCAGAGGAUGAAGGCCCCAGGCAGACCCACCCCCAACCCAGAGCCGGCUUCCUGGCUGAGCUGCUCAGAGGGGCAGAGGGGCUCUUCCUCCCGUCUGGGCGCUAACCUGCCGCUGGGCUUGGCAUCUGGCCGGGCAGAGCCUUACCCACUUAACCGGCCUUAGUGCUUGAGGGAGGGGUCAGGGUUCUGGGCAGCCUGGCUAUUAAUCUUCCCGUUGGACAGCAGCCUGUGCUUCUGGCGGGGAAGCCCCAGCUUGUUUGUCUGGGCCGGCGCUCUGCAGCAAGGUAGAGAGGGAGGUCAGACAGAAAAGAAAGAAGGGGUGGGGGGAGCCCGAGGCCCGGGGGAAUCCUUCUUCACACUGGGCUGGACAAAGUGGGAGGUGGACAAAGAAAGGAAGGGGAGAGGCUGGGGGGCAGUAGCCCCCCCCCAAGGGCUCCCUUUGCUUCUCCAUCCAAAGGCAGCAUGUUCAUGCUAUUUGGGGAUGUUUGGGGGCCAGCUGGGCGGCUGCUGCCCAAGCUCCGGGAAUGACUCCUCUCAGGGGCCUGGCUGAGGCAGGGGCCCUUUUCAGUACCUGCUGUCCCUCCUCCCACCGCCAUCCCUAAGUUUGCCAAUCAUCAGCCUAUCGUGGCCAUCCAGCUCCUGGACAGCGGACCCCAGCACCAGGCGCCAGCCCUCCCCGGCCUGGACCCCACUCCCAUGGGCCCGGAGGCUGAGCCUGGGAGAGCCGCCAUUGCAGCAUUGACUUCCUGCUUCCCUGGCUCAGGGACACCCGAUUGCUCCAAUUAAACUUGCUAAAUUGCUUUCAAUAUUUCUUUUGUCCGGUCCGUGAUUUCUUCUGUGUGGGCGCUCGUGCGCCAGUGUCCUCCUACACUUGC